AUGCCGUCGGAGACCCUGGAGGCGUUCGGCCACGCGCCGUCAUCCCACCUCCCCGAUGACCUUGAGGGUGUCCCGGGUGACAUAGACCCGUCGGGCCUCGCGGCGCUGAACGGCGGCGCCCUGCCCGGCGCAGGGCGCGACGCCGGCGGGUUUGUGGGCGGCGACGUCGGCGGCGACCGCGCGUCGGCGCUGAUUUCGCAGAUCGCGCGGCAGCAGCUGGAGCUCACCUUUAGGCAGCAGCAGCAGCAGCAGCAGCAGCAGCAGCAGCAGCAGCAGCAGCAGCAGCAGCAGCAUCGGCCAGAUGCAGCGGCCAGCUCCGUCGUGGGCGACGGGGCCGCCGCCGGGGAGCAGCCUGGUGUCCUGGAGGCCUUCUCCUACGUGGUGCGCAUGUUCAGCGGAGUCCUUUCAGACCGCAUGGCCUCGCGCAAGGCCGCCAUCGCCGCUGGCUUCGCCAUGGGCGCAGCCGCCAAGUGCGGCAUGAGCUUCGCCACCACCAUCGGGCAGCUCUUCAUUGGCAAGGCCAUCGACAGGCUGGGCAAUGGCGUGCAGGCCGCCCCUCGUGAUGCGCUCAUCGGGGACCUCUCCCCCGCCGCCAGCCGCUCCGCGUGCUUUGGCUUUGCCCAGUCGAUGCGCAAGGCGGGCAGCUUCAUAGGGGCCGGCCUCGUGUUUGCGCUGAUGAAGGCGACGGGCAACAACUACCAGGCCAUUUUCCUGGGCGCGGCCGGUGUGUCGGCGCUGGCCACGGUGGCCUUCCUCGCGUUCGUGCCAUCUCACACCAACGCAGGCCAGCAGCAGCAGCAGCAGCAGCAGGCGGCCAAGCAGCAGCAGGUGCACGAAAAACAGCAGCCGGCCAAGCAGCAGCAACAGCAGCAGCAGCAGCAGCAGCAGCAAGGCGUGCUGGAGCAGGCGCGGGCGCUGUGGCGCGACGUGCGCAGCAUGGGGAGCGACUUUUACCGGACGCUGGCUGUCAUUGGGCUCUACGGCUUGGGCCACAUCAAUGAGUCAAUGCUGGAGGCGCGCGCCAUAGAGGUGGGCUUUGGCAAGGCGGAGGCGACCCUGGUGGUGGCCCUGCUGUGCCUCAGCGUGAGCUUGUGCGCCUACCCCCUUGGCAAGCUCGACGACAAGCACGGCCCCAGGAUGACGUUCGCCCUGGGCAUGGCCGCGCUCAUCGCGGGCGACCUCGUGCUGCUCGCCAGCGGCGCCUGGCCGCCCGCCGUCUUUGUGGCCUGCGUCCUGUGGGGCGUCCACUGGGCGGUGGUGCAGGGCCCCAUGCUGGGCGUCAUCGUCAGCCUCGCGCCGCCGCACCUCAAGGGCACCGCCUUUGGGAUAUUCUACUCCCUCAUGGCCGUCACGGCCAUGGCCGCAAACACGGUGUUUGGGAGCAUCUGGCACACGCACGGCGCGAACGCCGCGUUCGGGCUGUCCGCGGCCGUCAUAUCGCUGACGCUCACAGUCGCGCUGCCGCGCCUGCUGCCGGCGCGCGGCGGGGGCGGCGGCGCUGGCGGCGGGCGCGGGGCGCCGGCGCUCGCGCCGGCAUGA